UCUUGAGAGAGCCUCGGUUUGGGGUGAUUGACUCGUAUCCUCCAGAGUGGGGACCUCCAUUUGCUCGACCCAAUCAGAUCAGCUUGGCACUCCCAGCUCUUUCCCUCUCGAGACUGCCAUUACUACAGCCAUGAUGCUGGGAAUUCGCAGGCGUCGGUAAAGCAGGUCUCUGCUGGUCUGCUGGUCUUUCCUUCACUCCCUCUUACUUAGACUUCGAAACAUUGCUGCCAGUGAACACCUGUUGACACAAUCAUCGACACAAUGGCGUGCCAGGUCGCGCGGAGCGUGUCGAGCAUCGAUCUCGAAGACGCAUUUUUAUCAAGCUCCUUCUACAAUGCAGCCAGCUGCACCAGCAGCAGUAUGGAUAAUACCAAGGACCAGCUCACGUGCGCGAGCAUCUCGCCAGAUAUCCGCGCCACCGUCGUUAAUCUCCUCUCCAACAGCCCACGAAUCGGCGGCGGCCAAUCCCCGCUCUCGUCGUUUUUCAACAUAUGGAAUGUCCCCAUGAGUCCCAUACCUGGAUGCUCGCCUCGGCACACCCCCGUACCUGGAUGCUCGCCUCGGCACACCCCCGUACCGGGAUGCUCGCCUCGGCACACCCCCGUACCUGGAUGUUCGCCUAGGCAUAGCCCUAACCCGAGCUCGCUGUGCCUCGGAGAACCGGCGCAACUGCAGCAGAGCGGUCGCCAAGAAAGCUCGAAAUCGCAGGGCCAAUCACAGCAGCAGCAGCCUGCUGAGCAGCAGAACCAGCAGCAGGGGCUUCAGCAUAGUUCGCAGCAGCAGCACACAUCGCCGCAAGUGUCGCAGCACGUGUCGCCACACCACGCGUCGCCGCAGGUGUUUCUUACGCCUCAGCAGCUGCUGUCGCCGCAGCCGUUCACUACGACGCCGCAGUCGCACACGCCUUCGCACACGCCUUCGCACGCGCAGUCGUCGCCGUCGCCCAUCCAGUCGCUGUCGCCACUCCCGAGGCAGCAGCUGUUCCACCAGUUCCUGUCGCCGCCGCCAGCGUCGCAGCCACAGUUGCAGCUGUCGCAGCAGAUCGCACAAACCUCGCCAAACCAUCAGUACCAGUCGCCUGAACAGCUGCACCACCAGCAGCAGAGUGACAGCUGGCAGUCGCAGCACUGGUCGCAGGACACGUCGCAGCAAGAGUCGGGAAUCAGCCCGGUCCACUUGAUUUCGUCGUUCAGCAGUAAGGCUCUAGGCGAUCCCGCCGCCGUCGUUAAGAGCCCGGCGCAGCGCAGCAUCUCUCCCACGCGGGAGCGCCGCAGCAGCAGCAUCAGCAACCUGAAUUACAGCGACGCGACGCUCCCCUUUAGCCCGCUCUCGCAGCGUGUCCCGCCUUCCACGGCGUGCUCCACGGCGUGCUCUGCGAGGGAGUGUGCCACUCCUUGCUGGGAUAAUGGGACGCAGAGAGCAGAGACGACCAUAUCCGUUUUCUCGUCAUCGCUUUCGUCGGCGACAGCACCGGAGCUGAUUCCCGUCCCCAUCCCCGUUACAGGAAACUGCGAUAUAGACACUGAUGUCUGUAACCAGAGUUCGCUACAGUGCCGCCGCCACUGCCCCGUCCCUCACGGGAAGAGUAUCCUCCCAGUGACGUGGAUGUCGCCGUCCGAAAGCGCAUUAGUAGCUAACUUUAAGAGCUGGUGGGCGAUUCUUAGAGAUUGGCUUGGUACCGUGGGCAUUCGUGAGCUGGCUGGUGUAAGCUCACAGGAAAGGCAGCAACAGCAGCACCAGCAGCAACAGCAGCACCAGCAGCAGCAGUUGCACUAUUGCUAUCGCGAUCACCCACAGCAGCAGCAGAUGCAAAAGCAGCAGCAGCAGGCGUCUUCGCCUUCGAAACUGCGCGCUCCCCUCGGCCUGCCUCCCCGCCCGCCCCGCCACUCCAGGGGCUCGGUGGGUGGCCUCCGCCGCUCCCGCUCCGGGGGGGCGCUCUCCGCCGCUGGGUUGGGAUUCGCGGGCGUGGGGGGAAGAUUCGUAGGCGCGGGGGGGUUGGGGAUAUGCCACGGCGGGGAGGCGUGGACGUCGGUGUUUCUGAGCGUGCUGCUGGGAUCGCUGUUCUGUGUGCUGCUGCUGCUGCCAGGUGAAGCUGUGCUGUAGACCGCGCAAAGCAGAGAGGCAGAGGAAGGGACGAAUGAGCGGCGUAUGGUGCAGAGGGGGACGGGCACAGGGGAAGGCGACAACCUAGGACAAGCAGAGGACUGCAGGCAAAGUAUUCCACGCUUAACUAGUUGAUGCAGGCUACGGACGGAUAGAGGUGUUGUAGCAAGCUGAUACGGUACAUCAUUUGUGACAAGGGUAGCAAUCCCUACACCUACCUAAUAUGAGUAGAUAGCAUAGGACUUCGUACAGUGGGUAACCAAACAAAAUAGAGUAUCCAGUCUUUGGUGUAGAGAGGAUUUUGCCCAAAAAACUGUACCACGAAUGGCUCACAUAUGG